AUGGCAAGUCUUAACCGGCAGCCUCUGGGCACCUUCCCCUUCGCCAUCCGCACCCCGGACGGCAGACACGCUAAGGUCAUCGGCCACUUCACCCCUCUCGAGUGGCCACCCAGCGAGGCCGCCUUCGACUUCAGCACCGCAGAUGAUGGUCCCUCGCCCGUCUUUGUUCUGACAGAGCUGGGCAACCCCGCCGUUCUACCAGCCAUGCGCCUCGGGAACGACACGGUCGAGUGGCUCGACACCGAGUCUUCCUCGGCCCCGGCCAGAAGCGCACAGUCAAGACACUCGAUCCUCGGAUCUCCCAACCUGGCGGUCCCCGACACCGCAGCCAACGCCGGCCCCAGUCGCCGGCGCAGUCUUCCUCGACUCAUGCGCUCCAAGUCGGACGCUACUCUUCCCCGCAACCGCCUUAGCAUUGGCCACCCCCAGCCCUUCCGUCCUCUCUCGCGAAACACGCAACUCGGGCGACGCUGGGCAGCACGCACCGCAGCUGCCGCACAAGUUGUCCCUCGACGUGCCGAGGAAGGGCCACGGUGGCAACAGCCGCUCCAUGUCGGCGUCGCCUUCCUCGCUUGUCGCCACCUUCUCCAACUGGACCCGUACGAGGACUUUGGUAUCUCUGCCGAUCCUAGCAGGCUCGCCCCGCCACCGUUCCCCAACUACAACCAGCCGAUCCGAAUGCCCAUUCGCAAGCGGGCCAGUAUGCCCGCCGCCUGGAUGCAAUCUGUGCCGACCGAAGAACGGACGGCGAGCCUUGUGCCUCCUACCUCGCCCUCGCGCCAUGCUUCCUCGCAUUCGAUCAGCACCGAGUAUUCCAACGCAGAAGCCAUCAAACGACUGGUGGCGGCACACAACCGCUCAGCGCCACCUGUGCCUUCCCCGACCUCGUCAGCCACGGGCCACAAGAGCCACCUGCAAGGCCGUUCCUCGAUCUGGCCCAGCUACGUGAUCAAGCGCAAGCCGGUGGCAGUGGCACCGAGAUCCGCCAGCAACGAGCUGCCUGCCAAUGCGCACCCGCCCCUUCGCGAAGCGUCGUCGACUGCUGCUGAUGUCUACGGCACGACUCCCCGCGUCAAGACCCUGACGUCGAAAGGCAGCCGCCGCAGCCUCCUUCCUCAGCGCGACCGCGACGAGGCUGGCUCGGACCACAACGUCCUCUCCUACAUCCAGACCAAGGCCCUGUCAAUCUUCAAGCGCAAGUUGCGCAAGACGGCAACCAAGGGUCAACAGCAGGAGCAGCUCGUCAAGCCAGCAACCAAGCCGUUGCCGAUCGACAAGAAGGUCAAGUCUCUUGUCAGCCUGAGUGCCACUUCCCUCUCCUCCAUUAGCUCGGACGAGUAUGACGAGGCUGCCGCAACCAUCAUGCACGCCGAAGCGGUCCGUCUCGGCUACACUGCGCACACGAUCGUCAGAAAGGAGACAGACAGCGGACCAACCGCCACUGCAGCGCCGCUCCAAGCCAUUCCCCGCCAGGACGGCUUCCCCCGUGUAUCCUCUGACUCUCCGUGGUCAGAGGAUAGCACCAUGCUUCCCCCCUCGUCGAGCGAGGAAGACAUCGGUCUCGCCAUCUCCACCGACGACGACGACAAGGGUCCCUCCACACCUUCCCGUAUGGCCACCGUCUCCAAAGCCCGCGGCAAGAGCUACUUCCUGAGCUGCCCUGCUCUGGUCCCCGACUCGUUGUCCGACUCGGGCACCCCCAGCGAUAGUCCCACCAGCACGCCCGAGGACGGCAACUCGCCCACCGCCACGCUCUACAGUACGCCGUACAGCACGCCUCCCAAGUCGAGACCCCACGGCCCUCCUGCCCAGCCUCCGCCUGCGGGACCCCUCCCUCCCAUCCCCUAUCCCAAGGUCACCACCGCAGUGCCCAAGUCUCGCCCCGCGAUACCCACGAUCCCCACGAUCCAAGUCUCAGCGACCCCUCCGGCUGCAAGUCUGUCCCACAAUCCCUCCCGGGAACGGUUCCAAUCCGCCCUGGACCGCGUGCACGACAGCGUGUGGCACGGCUCGAUCCGCGAGACGAAGCGCGAGCACGGCCAAGGCGGGCGCGACGCCUCCAUGACGACGACGGGGAGUAAGGCGAGUAUCAGCACGCAAGACACGCAUGCUGUCGUGUUUCGCCGGUCGCGCGUCGCCCUGCCUCCCUCGACGAGUGUGGACGACGACAUGGCUCUGACGUCGCUGCUCAGUAGCUGGAGUCUGGCCGGCGCUGAAGAGGAGGAAUACGUGCUGCAGGAUAACGAGUCGGGCGUGCUUGAUACGCUCGACUGGUGGGAUCCCGUGGUCAUGGCGAGUCCUCCUUGA